GUCUUGCAUCAGUACAGGCUUUAAAAAGCCGAACCUGCAGAAACAAACUCAAACAUUGUAGCUAAAAUCUGACUGUGAUCCCUGAGCAGGUUCAGCAGUGACCACCAGAUCUCCUUUCCUGCUGUUGCUUUAUUUCCAGCAGCCAUGAGCAAAGAUAAGCAGAGCAAGCAGGUGCUGGAGUGCCCCGGACCUCUGUCCCCAUCCAAAGGCCACAAAUCCCCGAGGAUGCCCAAGUGCUCCCGCUGUAGAAACCACGGCUAUGUGUCUCCUCUGAAGGGACACAAGCGCUUCUGCAACUGGAGGGACUGCCAGUGUCCCAAAUGUAAACUGAUAGCUGAGAGACAGAGAGUCAUGGCGGCCCAGGUCGCCCUGAGAAGGCAGCAGGCUCAGGAAGAGGAGCUUGGGAUUUGUAGUCCUGUGGCUCUGCCUGGCCCUGAGGUGAUGGUGAAGAAUGAAGCUGGAGUAGACUGCUUGUUUACUGUGGAGAGACGAUCCCCGACGCCCACCAGCACCUCCACUUCUUUUGCUGUCACAGGGAGUCGCUCAGCAUUGUCCCCCAGCCCGUCAGCUGGUGCCCGGGCUCAUACUGACGCACAGUCAGACCUGCUGUUGGAAACUUCCUAUUACAACUUCUACCAGCCAUCUCGCUACCCCACCUACUAUGGGAACCUGUACAACUACCAGCAGUACCAGAUGCCUCAUGGUGAUGGCCGCAUUUCAAACCACAACAUGCCCUCUCAGUACCGUGUGCAUUCCUACUACCCAGCAGCCACCUACCUGACUCAGGGCCUGGGUGCCACCACCUGUGUGCCACCCCUCUAUGGCCUGGAUGAUAACAACAACUGCUCUGAGACCAUGGCAGCCUCUUUCUCACCCAGCAGCAUCCCCACUGGUCACGACCCCACCCUGACCUGCAGGUCCAUCAGCUCCCUGGUUAACUCUGAUGUCAACGGUGAGUGUGAGGCUGCCAGCGAGACGCCAAACUUCACUGUCAACUCCAUCACCGAGGGCGACGCCACCAAAUGAAUAAAACGAAGGUUACACACAAGAAACGUAUUAUGACAUCAGUUGAGCAAAAAACUGUUGCUGCAGGUUUCUUUGUUUCAGGAGGCACAAUGAUGCGUUUUCUGUGCCUUAGUUGAAACGACAGGCUGUUUUCGUAUUUUAGCUCAUUUUUAUCUGUUAAUGUUUUGUUGAAGUCAGUUCACCAGUGUACAGUGUGCUUGGAAAGUUUAAAAAAAAGCAACUCAAAUAACAACAUGCCAAAACUUGACUUGAGAAGCCCUCUCUAAAAGAUAAAGAUGACUAAACUUACUAUAAGUAAGUCUAUCGAUUAUCAGUAACAAUCAAUUAUUAGUGGACGAUCUUUUGACAAUCAGAGUAUAUGCUUAGUGUUUGCUAAGACAUAUUUUUGAGUUGGAAUCAGUAUUACUUUACAUCUCAAGCACUUAUUUAGAAGAUGCCAGAGGAGAAAUUUGGCCAGUGUAAUUGUAUUCAUAUGUUCUGUGGUCCAGUAAACUAAUAAAGAUGUUGAUUUUCUGUUGAUGUUAAAGAGUAGCUCAACACCAGGCUGAACAGCAGCAUUACACUGCUGUCUUUGGUUCAAAGUUUUAAGUGUGUUUCACCUGUAUAACUGCACCCAAAACUGAUGUCACGGUGCACCGACACACCCUGGAGUACACCUCAGUAUCACUGCAACAGGGUGAAAACUUAAACCACUUGAGGGCAAAAAAAAAGAAAGACUUGUUAAGAGGUGUUAAGUUGGCUUGGGUGACAUCUAUUUUUCUUAUUUUGCUCAAAUUUCACUGGGGUAUACAAUAUAUUACGUAUUAGUCCAUCCCCCACUCCCCCAGCCAGCGAGCCCCCCACGUUCAGCAAACUCUCUUAGCUUUUUCAGUCUCAAAUAAACAGUACAAACUCAUCAAACAAAAAAAAAGUUAAAAUAUGCCGACUCUCACUCUCUGCUGAUUCUGGCUGGCUGUUUACAGUCCUGUAACCUUAUCCCCACGACUAUUUGUUGCGGCGUCUGUCAGCUCAGGUCCCACCAGUAGAGAUCAGAGACUGACCUUGGGUGUGGGGUGAUGGAUGUGCACUACAUACAAUGAGUUUAGAGAGAGGAGCGCUUGUAUUUUUGACAGUAUUGAAAAUCAUACCAUCUGGGUUUCCAAAUACCUUGGUGUACCGUAAUACCAUAAUACUUUGAUACUGCCCAAGCCCAGUAUUACGUUACUCAUAAUAGUUGUUUAACAGUAUUCAAAUGACUAUAACUUCACUGACUACAUUUACAUGCACAUAAUAUUCUGGUUUUUGUCCUUAUUCCAAAAAAAGACAAUAUUCCCACUAAGCUGUCCAAUAAAAAUGAAUAUUCCAUUAGGGGCUGCACACAUGCGUCCCCAAUUUCAGUGUUUUCAAUGUAGGCACGCAGCAGACGCGUUUAAACACCAGAGUGGCGCUGUGGAAGUGUGCAUACGUUCCCAAGCGCCUGUUUUUCAGGGCGAGACAGCUGCGCCUCAAGAUAACCCAAGUUCAACUUUUAGAACGCAGCAGUACGCACCACAUGUCAUGUGGCGAGGAACAACCAGUCACAGCCGACAGAUAUCUUUCCUGUUGGACUAUACAAACAAAGCCUCCCUCGUUCAGUCCUUCAACCACCUUCUUAAAAGGUCAGCGCUGCGAUAUUUGCUCAUAUCCAAAAACCUGUUGAUAUCCAAGUUUUUCGUAAUGUUUUAAAGUAGGUGUGUCUCUUCUUCUUUAGGGUAGGCAUUCCUACCUCACAGCCUUGCAAACUGUUGGGUAUUUGCUGACAGCUGACUGUAAACGGACAAAAGACUGCGUUGCAAACUACAGUAAAAAAACCCAGUUUGAGAUGCAUAUUCUGAAUGCCCUUUAUUGAUGGCCAGAGAAUGCUUCUCAUCAUAUCCCACAUGUCUCAAUUGUAUAAUGCUUUAUUCGGAAAAAGGCCUAAGUCGGAGUAUCAAACGAGAACAUGCUGCUUACAUGACCCAUAUCAGAUUCAAAAUAUUGUCAUACUCGGAAUAAAGGCAGAAUAUUAGUGUGCAUGUAAAUAUAGUGAAUGUGAAAUGCUGUUUAAACAAUCUUCAUGAGUUACUUAGAUUUCAUUAAAAAUACAGCCUGACAGAAUUUACAAGGCUGAAUAUUGAUAUUUUAGUUUAAAAUUCUCAGUAACGUCAUUUUUGUCAUACACAUUAUAGGUUUUCUUGCAUUUGUUUUUUAAAGAAUUGUGACCAAGUUAUGUAGUGACUGGGAUAUUUUAUCAGACAUUACAUAAAGUGUCCUGGUUGACAUAUACACCAAUACAAGUAUAUCUGCAAUAUAAAACUCUUAAUACAUAUUGUGCCCAGAUUUAUACCUAGACGUCAGUUGAUUUUUUAAAAAGAUGCUAAAACUGUUUGAGUUUAGAGGAGAAAACAUCUCUGACAGUGACGCUGAGCUUCUCCUGCAGGACACCGUGCGACUGGGGGGUUAGCAGAGAGAGCAGGCAGGUUAGACAUGAAUCAUGUUUCCCUCCGUUGCGUUGGCGUGUGAUGAGCACCGACUGCUUAUUUAUGGCAGCGAUCCAGCGGCAUUGUUUAUUCCACUGAAUUUGCAUGUCUAUUGUAUAUUUAACCCCUUCAGGCUCAGUUUUGUUAGCUAUGCACACGGGUUACUGUUUACACACUUUGGCACGGCCUUGUAGAUGCAGCAGAGGCUGAGGAGCUGGAUUUGUAGCAGCAGUGUCAGGAGCUGAAACAUGUAGUUGAGUAAUUGAUGAGUUGAUCCAGAAAAGCAGCCGUUCUGAUCAUCUGAUUAGGCAAAAAUGCUGCACAUUUAAUGGUUUUACGCUCUCAAAUUUUAGUAUUUGCUGAUUUGACUUGUCUUGAUGUGAAGUAAACACAUGUUUGGGUUUUGGACUGUUGGCACGUCACCUUAAGAUCUGGAAAAAUAAAUAAAUAAAUAAAAAUAAAACAACAGUACAGAUAAUUGUUAGGUGUGUUUUUUUGACAGAUUAAAACCUAGUCACAGUGGUUUUGUGUGAGUAAUUACCCCCAAACAAAGUCAUUCUUUAUUUCACGAACUAAUGAAAGUAAUCCUGUGUUGCCCAUUUGUUUAAGUGUUAAUUAAAAAGAACAACUCGGAUGAUAUUUUGCCAACUUUUCUCCCUUUGUGAAGCUGACUAGUGCACUACUGUACUGCAUAGUGUUGAUGUGUUCUGUGUUUUAUGGAGAUUCAUUUCCAACUGCAUGCUUUGAAAGUGUUUAUUUGUGUUUGUGUUUGAAUAAGACAGCAACAAAAGUAAUUUGGAGUCUUGGAGUUUAUGUCGCUACAAGUUUUAGGGGAAUAAAAACGCUCUGAAGUGAUGGAGUGUAAAUGUGAUGCUGGAAACAACAAUAUAAAACAGACAAAGAAAAUUACUUGUAUUUUCUUUCUGCUGCGCUGUGGGAACAUUCAUUGGAUUCUGCCCCAUCUGUUGUAAUCAAUAACGUGACCAUCUUGUUUUUUUAUGAAACGCACUUACUCUUAAUUUCAUCCACCAGUGGUUUUAGAGAGAAGAAUGUGGAGUUACCUAUAAGGCUUUGACAUUAUAAAUCACCUCUUGAGACCAGAUUGUACAGCAGUAUCGAUUGAUCCUGAUAUAUCACAGAAAUUUACUGUCACUUCUGUUUUCAAUUAAAGAUACAAUCAGUCAGAUAAUGACUUAAUUGGAUUUUACAGAAGAUUGAGUUUUAUUGCCCCGUGCUUUACGAGUUUAGUUAAGGAAGGCCAUUUUAUCACGGUUGUCAGGGGCGACCGGCUGCCGCUUGCCUUGUCCUUCUGUAGCUGCUGCUGCUGCCCCAGUGUACAGCGCAGGGGAGAAAGUGUCACAGGAUUGGUUUUCCUUGAGCUGCCUCUGCCUCCAUGAAUCAUGCCCUCCCCAUAAUAGAUAAAAUCUGCUUGGAUCCCACCAUGACACCUUCGGGUGGAGUGAUGGCCGCUGGAUACAGACAGUGUUGGAAGAGGACGCAGUGAGCUCAGAGGUGCAGAGAGAAACUUAGAUUUUAUGUUCAAAUAUGAGGAUGCAACUCUAGUACCCCUUUUCCACCAACAUGGAACCAGUUCAGUGCUGGUUCCUGCACCUAAUUUUGAACCAGAGUGUUUCGACUAAAAUAAAAUUCACUCAGAACCCAAAAAGUUCUCAACUGGAACCGAAACAUUGUGGGGAAAUUGUCAGACAAAAAAGAGCGUGCAGUGGUCAUAGUUGGUUCAUGCUUGUUUUUGGAAUGACAGAACAAAAGUUUGCAGGUAAUCAGUGUAGACUGCAAUUUUGUUACCACUGUUACCUUCUGUUGUGCAACGCCCUCCAUUGAUGACACAUCCUUGAUUACAAUGGUGCCGUGCAAAACUUUUGGAAACGUGGGCUGGUUUGCUAGAUAGCGCUCAAGUAAAGUUUAAUCUUUACAACAUGAGUUUUACCUCACCUGCUCAGGUGCUAACGAUAAUCUGAUAGGUUGUGUUGCACCUCUAGGAACCACAGUUUUUUAGCAGUGAAGUCAUCUAACAUCUUGUCGACAUGAGUAAGAAUAUUUG